UCACCACCAUGUUCAAACACAACAUCCUCCGCCAGGUCUCGAGAGCCUCAACCACCGCUGUCCGCCCACCCACCGCAGCCGCCGUCGCUCGCCAGACGACUCGCGGCAUUCGCAUCACACCAAACGUCAAGCGCGAGGACGAUGUCGUCAAAGAUAAGCACGACGAGUACUCGACCACGGGCAAGCCCGGAGCUUUCAAGCACGAGGGCGAGUUCUCGCGAACAGAUAACACCAUUCGCGUCGAGUACCCCGAGGAGGAGAAUCUCCCUAGCUCCACCCCCGUUCAGGGACGUGGAGGCUUCCACUUCAAGCGCACACUCGAGACCUUCAGCUUAGAGGGUCGCACGGGAAUUGUGACGGGAGGUGCUCGUGGCCUGGGCCUGGUCAUGAGUCAGGCCUUGGUCAUCAGCGGAGCCAACAUUGCCAUUGUGGACCUGAACAAGGAGGAGGGCGAGAAGCAGGCUCAGAUGCUCAUGGAGACAUUCCGCAAGGAGAACCCGGGUGCCGCUGACCGCGACGUUCCCAAGGUCACGGCCCACUACUGCGAUGUCUCUUCGCCAGACUCGGUGAACGCCGCAAUGGCUGAGAUUGUGGAGAUGCACGGCAAAGUCGACCACCUCGUCACCUCUGCCGGUUUCACCGAGAAUUUCGACGCGAUCGAGUACCCCCACGACCGUAUGCAGAAGCUGUGGGGCGUCAACGUGGAUGGGACAUACCUGUGGUCUUGCGCCGUCGCCAAGCACUUGAUGAAUCGUCAGGCCAAAGGCAGCAUGGUCAUGAUUGGCAGCAUGAGCGGUGCAAUUGUCAACGUGCCUCAGCCACAGGCUCCAUACAACGCCGCCAAGGCCGCAGUGCGACACCUGGCUAGUUGCCUUGCCGUCGAGUGGGCUCACGCAGGUAUCCGUGUGAACUGCAUUAGCCCGGGCUACAUGCUUACAGCACUUACCAAGAAGAUUCUUGAUGACAACCCAGAGCUUGCACAAAAGUGGACCAGUCUGAUUCCUCAGGGCAAGAUGGGUCGUCCAGAAGAUCUCAUGGGUGCCGUGACUUUCCUGCUGUCUGAUGCGGCUGGAUAUGUCACUGGUGCCGAUCUCCGUGUUGACGGCGGUUACACUGUCACCUAGACGGUUUUGCACCAUCAUCACAUAUGCAAAGAUGGCAACGCAUCAUGACUUGGGAGAAUGUCACCGCAUUCCACGAGUAGCCUCGACGCGAGUGGGCAAAAAAGAGCCUGACAGAGACGGAGAGAAGAUCAGAUAAGAGACUGGUCUAUAAGCAGCCAGCCGACCGAACGAUGAUUGUGAUGCGGCGUUUAGGGGGGUUCGUUUCUGUGCUCACACGGUCUCGGGGCUUUGGCGAGUAUGUACGCUAGGUAUGCUGAGUGGUACUGUAGUUGUAUGAUGUGCAAUACAUGCGGUGCCUGUACGCCGCAUUUCGUGCUUCAUGCACAGUGAGGUACCGGAGCGAACACACUAUUGACAGCUACUCAGAUCU